GGAUGGCGUCGGUGGCAGCCCGCGCGCAGCUCGAUGCGGAGCACGAGUACCUCCGGACGUGCGUGGACCCGCUCCUGAUGCCGCUCAUCGAGACCUUGCUGCUGUACCAGCCUAGCAACGUGUACGAGUUCAUGGCGAGCUACCUGGAGAAGGGUGCGAGUGAUCUCGGGCGCAUGAAGCAUUUAAGUGAGGCCAACAAGUCGAUGAAAGCGCGCCGUCAGCGCAUGGUUGCGUUCAUGUCGUCGAGCGUGCUGCCCAUCAUGGAAGACCUCACACAACGCAUCAUGCAAGACAAGCCGGAUGAUGUGCGCGCCUACUUGGUAUCUGUCGCGCACACGCGCAGCAUGACGCAGAGCAGCAGCAACAACAACAACAACAACAACAGCGAUGUCGAGUCGAAUGGGCUCUCGUCGCUCGCGAUCGCCCACGAAGCAUACGCCAUCGGUGACGCUGUCGAGUGCCGCUUCAAAGGUCGCCCCAAGUUUGUGCCUGCCGUCAUCGAAGCCUACGACGCCGCGUCGACCACAUAUACGAUCCGGUACGACAACAACAAGGUCGAGGAGCACAUCCAUCCGAUCCUACUGCGCCGGCCCAACGCCGAGCCCGAGAUCGAGCCCGCUAUUGCCAAGACCCCGCGCCCGGCCACGCCCCGGACCAUGGAGCCUGUGAUCCUCCUUCUCGGUAUUGACGGUGCGGGCAAGUCGACGUUGCUCUCGACGCUGCAAGGCGACCUGGAGAAGGAGCACGGACCCAGUGCCGGGUACACGUCGGUCAAGUUUCAAAUGGCCAAUGGUCUCGCAACGUUCGUCGACUUGGGCGGCGGCCCCACGUUCCGGGCCGUAUGGAAAGAGUACUAUGCGGACGCCCACGCCGUCAUCUACGUCGUCGACGCGGCGGCACCCACGCGAUUUGCCGAAGCUGCCGCGAUCCUAUCGCAAGCAAUGGAGCACCCCCUCCUCGUCGGCAAACCGCUGCUCAUAUUUGCCAACAAAAAAGACGUGCCUGGCGCCGCGAACGAGAAACAAUUUUGCCGUGACCUUCAAGUUGGCAUGUACAACAACAAGAAGGUGCUCGAAUGCGUCGCCAAGGCAGGUGCCAACGCAGGGCGCGUCGACGAUGCGCUCGAGACAGGGCUCACGUGGAUCCUUCGGCGCGUCGAAGCCGACUAUGACGACCUGCAGGCCCGUGUGGCCUCGGACCGCGACGCCAAGAAGAAGCGGGACGCCGAUGCGUGGGACGCCCAGCGCCAGCGCGUCGCAACGUUCAGGGAAGAGAACGAACGCGCGCUCAUGGCCAAAUGCGACAAAUACGCACCGGCAAAACCCGCUCCCGUCGCGACGCAAGCAGAAACCGCGUCAGUGCCGCCGUGCUCGCACUGCAAAACGGCCGAUGCUGCCACGAAAUGCGCAGCCUCCAAGUGGAUGCCCGUCUGUUUGAACUGCGCGACCGAGCUCAAGCAGCAAGCGGCAGCCGAAAAGCAAAAAGGGACAUGACCUCGUAG